UAAUUUGAUGGUUUUAUAUGAUGGUCAGGUGCCAUUCAAUCUUGUAGGAUAAAAAUGGUAUUUCUUGGAAUUUGUUGGAUUCGCUCUGGCGGUGAAUUAAAAAGAUUUUAGUGUCGCCAUAAUGUUUGCGCGAAGUUAUGAAUAUUUCUAUUCCGAUCACGUUCUCCUUUGGCGCAAUGCAUGCCCAAAUGGGCCAAUCUGGCCCCGGAGAAUUUGAAUUUAAAUGCGAGAUAAGGUAGUCGUCAUAUUAAUUUUCGAGUGACAGUUGCGAUCCGACGAGCGGCGUGUGAUGAGGUGGAGAGUUGUUGAUAAUAAUUUAAGAGCGAAGUAGCCUAUUAUUAAGAAAACCACGCUGCUUCGUUCAUAAUAUAAUUAAAGUAAACAUGUCGGACAGUAUCACAGUGGCAAUCAAAUUAAGACCCCCGAUCGAACAAGAAAAAGACGAGGACUCGUCGAUAGAAUGGAUUGUACAGGGGAACAGCAUUGUUUCUUUAGACCCGGAAACAAUAAAGCGAGGGAACAGCGAAUUUAAUUUUGAUUAUAUUUUUGAUUCGGAUGCAACCAAUUACAGUGUAUUUGACAGUAUUGUAAAACCUAUUGUUAAUGCUACAAUAAAUGGUAUUAAUGGAACAGUAUUUUGUUAUGGUCAGUAUAGGUCUGGAAAAACAUAUAUUAUGAUGGGGAACAAUGAAGAACCCGGAAUAAUACCACUUUGUAUAAGAUACAUCUUUAAGGCUAUUUCUAAUACUACUAGACGUGAAUUUUUGUUAAGAGUAUCUUACUUGGAAAUAAUCAAUGAAACGGUAAACGAUCUUCUGAAUAAAGAUGGAAUUGAUCUACAAUUACAUACAGAUGAUAAUAAACAUGUAGUUGUCAAUUGCAAAGAAGAGAUUGCAAAUUCAUUGGAUAGCAUGUUAUCUAUAAUGAAAAAAGGAAAUAGGAAUAGAAGGACAAGGGAAAUUAAUAAGAAUGAAUGUAUUAAAGAUCACAGGAUAUUUCAAAUUACAAUCGAAAGUCGUGAAAUUGACAAUGAUUCCACGAAUAAUGUACAAGUAUCACAAUUAAACCUAGUCGAUCUUGCUGGUUUUGAAUGUGCACAUGAAAUAGGUGUUAUCCAAGAACAACAAAUUGAUAAGUCACUUUCUUGCUUUGAGUACAUAAUUGCACAGCUGAGUAAAUCAGAAAAUGUACAGAAAGAUAUAGAUCCUUAUAACAGCAAAUUAACAGAACUUUUGGAAUCAUCGCUAGGUGGUAAUUCUUUGACAGCUAUAAUAUUUACAGUGAUACCUGUGUCUUCAGAAGAAACUUGUUUCACUUUAUCAUUUGCAAGUCAAGCUAAAAAUAUGAAAACCACACCAAAGAAGAAUGAAGUUACAUCUGACAUAUCGCUCCUAACACGUUAUUCUAAACAGUUAACUAAACUUCAAAGAGAAUUGCAGAAUCUAAGGAAUGGAAACUCGUCUGUGGACAUAAGACACAUAGAGCCUAGAUUGCAAGAAAAGUAUCAAAAUAAUUGUUUAUUAGAAGAACGUAUUAAACUGCUAAAAGCUCAAAUUGUUUCUGGAUGCGAUGGGAAUCGCGCGGAACUAUUUAAAUGUAAAUCUAGAAAAAGGCAAAGUUGGUGCAAUCCAGGAGCGUCCAAAUCGCAGUUGCCUGUAUUUCAAAAUAAAUCUGGUUUACCAACGAUAAAAGAAAUGUCUCCGGAGAAACCGUACAGAAAAGACAACGUGCAAUCCGUUGAGGUCACAAAUCAGAUAUCUGAGACAGCUUUUACUGAUUUCGAAAUAAAUUUAAUAGAAAGUAACGUGGACUCUGAUGCCAAAGAGAAGGCUAAUAAUGCAGAGGAAGAAGAUAUUGUAUUUCCAGAUGUGUUUCCUGACGAAUUUAAAGGUCAAAGCACAUGCAGAACACCAGAGAAACAAGAUUCAUGCGUACAAACAUCAAGCAAUCAAGGAUCUCCUACCACACCAAAGCAAAUUUUACGUAAGUACAUUUAUGAUCUGACCAAAGAUUUUAAUGAACUCCGGGAGUUUACAACUUUAGAGAAACAGUUACUGCGCGAAGAAGAUUAUUCCAAGACGCAUAGCAUGGAGGAACAAUUAGCAGAUGAGUGUGCUUCAUCUAAUCCUAACAAAAACGAAAUUUGUAUAUACUCCUCGGAUUUGAUGAUACAGUUAGAAGAGAAACGUAAGUUAUCAGAGGAACUUGAAUUAAAGAUUCAAGAACUGGAUGAAAUAAAACAUGACGUCCAAAGUCUCAAAUUGGGCAUAGAAACAUUGCAGAAAACUAUUUAUCUGCUAACAAGUGAAAACAUGGAAAUGUCCGCUAAGUUGAACGCUGAAAAGGAACGUUCGAAAGAAGCUGAGCUUAAUUUUAAGGAAACAAUUGACGAACUUUAUGCGCGAAUUGCAAAAGUCAUGGAGGAGAAGAUUCAUUUAGAAAGUAAUUUAACGACUGUAAACGAGCAACUGCGGUCUCUACGUUCAAAGGCGUCGGAAGUUCUCACCACCGAUCAGUUGCUCGUAGAAUGUCAUAAUAAAAUCGAUGCACUGGAGACAGAGAACAUUGAACUGGCCGCCAUCGUUGCCGAGAAAAACAAGGAGCUUGAAAACAUCAAAGAAAGCAAGUCGUUGUUGUACGACCAUGAAUGUAUUUACAAGGACAGGGUUGCACCCCUUACAGAAAAAAAUGAUAACUUGGUAUCCGAGAACAGCGAACUGUCAACCGACUUAAUGGAUAAAAUCGAAGAGAACGAAAUGUUAAGGAAGGAAUGUGAUAGCUUAAAGAACAAAAUAGCAUUAACGGAACAAGUGAAUUCUGAUGGAAACGAUGUAGAACAGUUGCGAUCAGAAAACAAUAUUCUGAAAGCAGAAAUAACGGAACUGAAGUUGAAGGUAACAAUGUUGUCGGAGGAAAAUGUAAAAAUUUCCAAUAAUUUGUUCGAGACCAUGGAGGACCUCGAUAAUUCGCGUCGUGAAAAAUUGGUCAACGCUUCGUUGUUUUCGUCUGAGCCGUUUAACAACUCCAUCAAAGCAGCCGAUUCCGCGGAGCAAGUGUUACUAGAAGAAGAUCGUGAAACUUUAGUUAGUAAAAUUGCAACGCUACAGGAGAAGGUCAAUCAUUUAACUUGUUUGAACACAAAGUUAAGCGACUUGAAAUUAUCCUCCUGUGACCAGUGUUCUCACUUGAGAAAUUUGAAGGACAGCCGUAGAGCGCUUAAGCUGGAGGCGAAAAUUUUGAAUCGUAAAUUGGAAGACCUGCAAAAGAAAUUUGAUCAGAAAUGCGCGGAUACCGAGGUAUUGAAAUUGAAACUCAAUCAGGAUUUGAAUUUAAGCUUCACCGACGGGAUCUUGAAUGCCAGUAUCACGGACGGGAUGAAUGUGAGCUUCAUCGAAGAGAAAGUUCAACAUCUGAACAAUGAACUGCAAUCGUUGAAAGACGACAACGACAAGUUAUCGAUAUUGUACAGGGAAAAGUGCGACGAGCUCGAAAAGCUCCACGAUGAAGUCGACGACUCGAAAAACGUGGACCCCAAGCCGAAGAAACACGUUGUUAAACAUGAAAGUAGGAUUGAGAAGAUUCAAACCAGCAUUGACCAAGUGAGAGACGAUAUAGACGAAUUGAAGAAGAACGGCAUGAACUUUACUUCUAUACUUAAUAAAUUUAAAACGGAAAAGGCAAGUUUAUUGGACGAAAUAAAUACAUUGAGAAGCAUGAAUGAGGAGCUCCAACAAAAAGUGUCGGACACCGAGAUAACGGCGGCCACGGCUGCAGAAAAGGCGCAGAUACUUGAAACCGAGUUAUUCAAUAUGAGCAAAGAGAUCGAACAGUAUUCUCUGAAGGAGAAAGAAAUACAGAGCGAGAAGUUAAUGUUAGAGGUAGAAUUAGAAAAUAAGGAUAUUCUUAUCACAGGAUUACAUAAAACCGUUGACGAGUUGAACGAAUGUAUUUCAUCUCUGAAGAAUGAAUUGGACUUAAUGACAAAUCAGAAGAAUGAGUUAACUGCUUGUUCAGAGACCAUCGAGCAAAAAUAUAAAGAUGAACUGGAACUGCUGAAGACAGAGUAUCAGAAAUUGGAGGUGGAAAAGAAGCAAAGCACAGAUUCAGAGAACCGUGCGACACUGUGGGCCAAUGAGUUGGAAACGGAUAUAGAGAAGCUACAGAUAGAUCUAGGAAGGCAAGAAAGUCUGUACAAAGAAGUCCAAGAGAAAGUUUCUCACCUGGAAAGUCUUUUGAACGAAAGUGAACACGAGAAGGAAAUUCUGAAACAAAAUUUGCAGACACUCGAGACUCUGUUAAUUGAUUCGAAAGAUAACCCACUGAAUAAGUAUAAAACGGAAUUCGAGUCUAUAAAGAAGUCCUAUAACCAGUACAUGAAAGAAUCUGAGAUCAAGAUAAGCAAAAUUAACGAGACAUUAAACAAGUAUGUUCACGAGAACAAUAAUAUAACGGCAGAGCUUGCAAAACUUCAGGAUAUUGAAUCGAAACUCCAGAAAAUGAAGGAAAGCAAUGAACACAUGAAAGAAGAAUUGAACACAGUCAGGGAAUCCAUGAUCAAAGAAUUGAAAUCGCUGAAACACAAAGUAAAUUCAGUGGAUUUUUUAAGUAAAACUGCAAAUGAAAUUUUCAUAAUUUUCCUGCAGACUAUUAUGUCCAAGGAAAAAGAUGUAAUUAAAACUAUGAGGGAAGUUUUUGAAAAGGACAAACAGCAACUGGUGGAUGAUAAAGGGCAGAGUGCUGAUGCAGAGAAACGUGCUAUAUUAUGGGCUAGAGAGUUGGAAAUAGAGAUUGAAAAAUUACAAGUAGAUCUGACUAAUCACGAAGCAAUGCAUAAACAACAACAAGAUGAGAUUUACGAAUUGAAGAAUCUUAUAAAGGAGGUUAAUUGCGAGAAAGAAAUGUUUAAAGAAAAAGUAGAAACGCUGGAAGCUGAUCUCAACAAUUUGCAAGCUGACAUUGACAAACAGUGUAAAGUGGACAAUCGACAGGAGGAAGAGAUUAUUCGUGUACAAAAGAUGGAGAAAGACAUGCAAGAAUUGUAUAAAAUUAGAGAAACUGAACUUCAGCAGAAAAUGAAGUCUCAGAAGGAGACUUAUGAGAAAAGAAUGGAGGAACUUAUGUGUACUAUAGAAUCCUAUAAGACGAAAAAUUUAGAACUGAAAGGUAACAUCGAAGGGUACGAGGCAAAUGAAAAACAAUUGAAAAAUAUUAUAGAAGCUAAUGCAUUAGAAUUGGAGAUGAAUAAUCAGGCUAUAAGUAAGAUGAACACUGAGUUUGAACAGCUCACGAAAGUCCAUAAAGAAAUAAAUUGUGAAGUACAACGAAAGGAGUCCCGCAUCGAAGAAAUGUCAGCACUGUUAAAAAGUAAAUGCGACAUUAUAUCUGAAUACAAAGCCAAGUUUGACGCCAUUAUGCCAGAUUAUGAAAUGCUGAAGGAUCAAACAGAAAAGCGGAAGGCGUGUAUAGAACAGUACAAGCAACAAAUAGGAGAAUUGAAUAUGGAGAAGAAAAAGCAGAUUGAAAUGCUUAAAGACAAAUUAAAUUCGGAGGAAAUAAAGAAUGUUGGUUUGAAUAAACAACUGCACGAAUUGAAUAAUAAAAACAUUGCUCUGGUGGAGGAGCUGGACAUCCUAAAAGAAAAAGUUCAGGAGCUACAACGCGCGAACGCAAAAUUAGAGAAGAAGAUUAGAAAUAGUACAAGUAAGAUGAAAGCUGAAGCAGACAUGGAAGAUUUAAGAGACACGAAUAAACGAUUACAAAAUAAUUUGGAAGGGGCGAGUAAUCGUAUAACAGAACUUCAGGAUUCUAAAAAUAAAGUUUUGAAAGAAUUGGUGAACUUGAAGAGUCAGUAUGAAUUACUGUCCCAAGAGAACACAGAGAUCAAGGCAACAUUAUCAUCGUACAAGUCUGGGCAAAAUGUGCCAAGUAGCUUGCAAGUGGAUAGUAGGUACGAUGCUCUGUUACAAGAAAAAAAUAAAAUUGCCUUGGAGUUGGAAGGCAAGACAUUGUUAUUGAAUCAGAAAGACAAAGAAAUUACAGAUCAUUUCAAUUUCGUACAAGAACUGACUGUCAAAAACGAAGAACUCGUUGAACAGUUGAGAAACCAUGCUGCAAUUAUACAUCACCGUGAGAAGGAGAUAUCCAGACUGAAAGAUAAAUUGUACGUCCAUCGAAUAGAAAGUAAACUAAUUAAUGAAUUGGAGGAAAAAGUGCGCACUCUUAAGGAUGAAAAUCAGAAACUUCAGGGGGAACUUGAUACAUGUAAAAUGGUUUCACAAAUUGAUAUAAAACAAGUGGAAGAGAUUAAAUUGCACAGUGAAAAAAUUUUCAAUACACUGUGGAGAGAAAACGUGGAAUUACAAGAGAAACUGGCUGAAUACGAAAAUAAAUUGGACUCGAAAAGUAGCAGUAGUAAUUCAAGAUGUAGUGCUAGUCCAGCCUUUGAAGUUAGCAGAAGAAGGUACAGCAGGAAUAAGGUGUUCAAUGAAAAAAGACAAAUUGAAAACCAAAUGUCCGAUGUAGAUAGCGAUGAAAAUAGAGAAACAUGUGAGAUAUUGCGAAAGAAAAUUCAAGAAUUAGAAUUGCAGAUAGUCUCGAAAACUGGACAAAUAGCAGCGUUGGAAAUUCAAAUCCAAAGCGAGAAUUUCCCUUACCAUCAGAAAUGUAAGGAACUAGAAGAGGUUUUACUGUCACUCCGUAAUAAAAAUGCAGAACUUAAUUCUGAAGUGAGGAACCUUCAGAGGGCUUUAUGUGAUAUUAACGCAUGGGAAUGCGACACUUGUAGAAAAUGGCGGAUAAAUAAGAGAGAUCAGUGUUGUCAAACUUCACUUGAUAAAACGUCAGGAUUAUUGACACUAAAUAAUGGACUAAUAAAUGAUCAUGCAAAAAUAAUGAAAUUAGAAAAGGAAAAGGCAAUAAUGAAGGAUGUGUGUCGGUUACGGUACCAUCAAAUAAAGGAACUCGAAGAUAAAGUAAAGGAACUUUCUAAAGGAAAUUAUAAUGGGCAAUAUAUUAAUUCUGCAGUAUUAAAUAAGCAGCUUAACUCGGAGAAAAAUAUGAAACUAACAAUGAAAGAGAUCGUUCCAGCUAAUUUAUUGGUGCUUAAAAAGCCUUCAAACUAUACAAGAAACAUAUGGAACAGUUCUUAAUAAAACAUGUUCAAGUCUUCCACAUGAGCUGCUUAAGUAAUGUACAAUAUUACAAGCAAGUAUUCUUAGACAUAUUCCUUUCUUCUAGUUUAAAGAUAAUGUAAAUAGUAAUAAUGUUAAGAAUAUUUGUAUUUUCGAGAAAUUCUAUUUUUGUACUUUCUUGUUAUAAUGUAAAUAACUGUAUUAAUUUUUAUACUGAUGACGUUAAGGAUGGCAACACGCGUAACAAUUUUCUCGCGCCAGCUUUAUAACUAAAUAUGAAAUCUGUGAUUCUCGAAACAUUCACGAACCGGUUGUACAAACAUUGAUACAUAAUAAAAUGUGCCAUGAGUUCAUUGUUCUCUCGAAUUUUCAUUUAAGUUCUACAAGUUAUGUAAUUAUGACAUGUAAGAUUAGUAAAAUGCGUUAGAUUUCAUUAGAGUUACGAUAUAUAAUUAAUUGAAAUUGUUAGACAACAAUUCCAUGUUUAAA